UCAUCAACUCACCUCGACCGCCGCUCAACCCACUCGCUUCGACGAACAUCUUCGACAUUCGAAUCGGAUCCUCGACGAACUGAUCGCGCUUGAAGGCUACCCACGCCGUGGUGCAUCGAAAGCCUUCGCCUUCUCCCGCCAUCCUUGGAACGACCCGGAUGGAUAUUGCUGCCAGGCUUCAGAAACGCCAGAACACCGGAGACAUGAGCAACUCUGUCAACGACGACUACUAUGAUGGCAACUGGUGGUGGUCAGAUACCGGCUACGCAAUCAGAUACACCAUCAUCAUCGUCAUCCUCGCCAUCAUCCUCCUAUACUUCGUGGGCGGCUACUUUCACGCCCGCCGCCGCAUGAAGAAAGGACUUCCUCUCAAGCGAUACCACAGGUGGAUGGUACGUCGCCAAUACAGACAACAACAACAUGCCGCGCCGCAAUACAACGCCUAUUACCAGGACCCCAACCAGCAAGGCUAUCCAAUGCAGCCGUAUGGCAACAAUCCACCUCCGCCGUAUGUGGCUCCGCCUCCAGCCUACGCGCCACCCGAGGGCGCUUCCAAGGCCAUGGCGGAUCAGAACUACACACAUCUUGCACAGGCGGGCGGACCAAGUGGACCGCCUCCUCCGGCGGCGAUGCGGCAGUGAAAGAUUGAAAUACAGUAUUGGAAACAUAUGAGCGUUCGGAAGCGUGCAUGGAGUUAUUGCGGUACAGAAUGAUGGUUUG